AUGUCGAACCCUACCCCAGCCCAAGAAGAAUUCAACGCCCUGCUAGCUGCCCAGUCUCGCGAUACCAGCAGAGUACACCCAGAGGACCGCAGCAACGACCGCGACAGCCUUGACCUCGACGAAGAGGACGUCUUCCGCAACUCCCAGAUCGACGCCGCCAUGCGCAUUCCAACCCUAGGCCAGACCGGCUCCGACCUGAAGCUGCCUCCCGCCAGCUUCGAUGCCGGCCGUACCACCGGAGUCAAGGGCGUCAUCGCCGAUGCCCGCAACUACGAGAACGCCCGCAAGACCUCCUUCAUGAGCCGUGCUCGCACCACUGUGCGCCGCUCCAUCUUUGGCCUCGAUGGCAUUUCGCAAUCCCAGUCUUCGCGCAAGAGCGAGAGCGGCACCGACGAUGGAAACAACAGCAACUCGGAAGAUGAGGAGAGCUUCUUGGCGCAAUGGCGCGAGAGCAGAAGGAGAGAACUUGAGAGCGAGUCCAGCAAGGUUGUCAGAAACCGGAGGACAAGUCCCAGUGUCCGCAUCUAUGGCCGCAUGGACGAGGUCGACGCUCUGGGUUACCUGGACGCUAUUGAGAAGGUUGCGCGGGACACCGUGGUUGUCGUCUUUGUAUACGACCCCGAGUGCGAUGUAUCAGCAACGAUAGAGCACGCAAUGAUGCCCCUUGUCUCCCAGCACUCAACAAUACACUUCGUCAAGGUUCACUACCUCGACAUCGAGUUCGACAACGCUGCUGUGCCCUCCAUCCUGGCCUACCGCAACCAGGGUGACAUGUUUGCCAACCUGACGGGCAUCAUUGAGAUGAUCCCUGAUGAUGAGGCGUUCGGCACUGACACCCUGGCACGGCUCUUUGAAAAGCACAGCAUCCUAUGA